AUGGUGAAGAUUAAUGAGUCUCAAGAACAGCCAGCUCGGGAAGUAAGAGAGCGUGUGGCACGUAACUGGAGAUACAGCCACCGGCCGCCCGCCCUGCCACGGGAGCCCAAAACCCUUUGUGAGUUGGAACAACUAGUUAAGAAGCAGAUUCGACUGAUGCAAAAAUUCUCACAGACAAACGAAAACGACGAAUUAAAGAUCAUGGACCUGUUAAGGCUUCAGUAUAAUUUGAAUUUCCUGAUUGUUUGUGAAAAAUGUGGGGGUACCCACAACAGUGACGAACUUGUCGCCCCAGAGAGCCAGUUCCUCUCGCUCUGCAUCAUGGCCUCGACUAAGGCCUGGUGCCACCGCCAAUCACUUCCCUGGGGACACAAAAUGACACCACUCGGGCGUUUCCUCCCGCCGGAUCUGAAACAGGAACCUACCGAAGCUGCCGUGGUGCCAGCGUGGUAUUAA